CGUUUUUAUUUGGAAUUUUAAACAUGAAUGAUUAUCAAAAAGUUAAAACAUCAAAACUUGUAUUCAAAGGAGAGAAACGGAAAAAGCCAAAAGAGAAGAAAAAGAAACACAAGAAAAGAAAGAAAGACGAAGAACAGAUUAGAAAAGAGAAAGAGUUUGCAGAAGACAUGAAUGCACAUGGUGGUUGGUGGAAAACUUCACAAAUUGAGGAAUUUAAAGGCACAAUAGCUAUUGAAAUGGGAAAGCACACAUAUAUUAGUGCAAUGGACAACGGCUUCUUUACAGUUGGUGCUCCAAGAGAUGAAGGAGAUGGACCUGACUUACCUGAACAGUUAACAUGUGUUGUAAUUUCUGACUCAAAAGUUGCAUUCAAGACUGGGUUUGGAAAGUACUUAAGCAUUGAUAGAAACAACAAAGUAGUUGGGAUUAGUGAUGCUAUAAGUUCUAAGGAACAAUGGGAACCUGUUUUUGAAGAGGGUAAACUUGCUUUGAUGGCAUCCAAUGGUUGCUUUAUCAAUUGUAAUGAUGAGGGAGACAUAGUUGCAACAAGUAGAUCAGCAGGAUCAGAAGAACUUGUUCAGGUAAGGUCAAUAAGUGAGCGGAAAUCAAAUGAAGAUGAUGAUGGUAUACCUGUGGAAGAAAAAACUGCAAAAACUUCCAAAGACUGUGAGCUAAAUUAUGUUAGAAAGUUCCAAAGUUGGCAGGACCAUAAAUUACGAAUUACAAAAGAAGAUACUUCAAACCUGGAUAGUGCAAAAGAAGGAGGAAAACUACAUGAAGAACUGUUAAAUCGGCGUGCCAAGAUGAAAUCUGACCGGUACUGCAUGUAAAGAAAGUUAACUGAGAGAAUGAAUCUCAUCUUCUGGAAGGAACAGGAUUGUGGUAGCUGAUAUUGUUCUGAGCUUGCAGACACAUAGUUGUGUUAUGUUGUGAUCAAAGAACCUUGUUUAAGAAUCCCCCUAUCCUUACUUCAUGGCACUGUCAAUAAACCUACAUAUUUUUGCUAUUUCAUUCCUAUAAUGACGAAAUAAAGAAAGUUAAAUCUAUUUGACAACACAAGACAAGAUGAUGGCUACUAUAUCAGAAGUGAAAAUUGCAAUUUUCUAAAUUACAAUGCAUUUAAAUAGAAAUGCAAUGAAGGAUUUAUGGGAGCUACUGCAAUGAAAUGUAGUGCAUUUUUACAGCUAAAUGUGAAAUUAAUAAACAGCACGUAAUAAAUAUCGAUUUGCAUAACA